AUGGAUGGUGAUGAAGAUGGUGAGAUUCGGGAAAAAGUAGAGAAAUACACGCGAAUGUUAAGCUGUGAUAACAAAAUUGGUCAUGCUUUAAGGCGUCUGGAAAACAUUGAUAUGACAUUGGAGCUGUUAUCAGAGACAGGAGUGGGAAAAGUGGUGAAUCAGCUGAGAAGUCACGAGCAAUAUGGCACAAAAGCAUUACGAAUCGUUGAGAAGUGGAAAGAUAUAGCAAGGAGUUGUGGCUUGAAACAGCGAAGUAAACGAUUGCUCUCGCCAAGUUCAGAAGGAGAAAAUCCAAUAAAAAAUUCGAAGAAAGAAAAUUGGAGAAAGGAGAAAAGAAGCAAUAAUCAGAAAAGAAUAGGUGGUAAUGCUGACGAAGUUCACCAUGAUAAGACUAAAUCAUCAAGUAAUGGACUAGAAAAUGCUUGCUCGGGUUUGAGCUUUGCAGACAUGUUGGCUCGAGCCGAUAUUGCUAAACCAUCUAAAUUAAAAAAAAUGAAAACUAACUGUAAUGAUUGGAAAUCAUCGAAAGUGGAUGUAAACUAUAGACCUUCCAAAGUAUUGAAUUUUGAACCCGUACUGAAAGAGAAUCGUGCUGGUAUAAUUUUUGCCUGCUUCAACGUAUCCAAGACAACUAUGAUGGAUACAUCAAUGUUUAAGCCACGCAAAUCGGUGCGUAAAAUCUAUGCUGGACGUCCGAGAAAUGAUGCCCCUAAGGAAGUACCGACAUUACAAAAUUUAUGUAUUAAAGUAUUAAUUGCUAAUAUUAAUUCAAUUGAGGAAGUUGGUGACACACCAUACUUUUUGCUGAAACCAGUGCUUGAGAAAUGCUCUUUAAGUCAGUUAUCUUUGAUUGAAAGACGAAAUCCGCAACUAAUGGAAGAUAGUGAUGAGUUAUGGGAACGGAUUGUAAAUCGUGCCUUUCCAAAGUGUGAAAUAGCCGAUGAUGAAACAUGGCGAGAAUGUUAUUAUCGUUUAUGUGAAGAAAGUGAGCGUAAGCUGAAGUUGCUUUCAACAAAAAUAACUCAGCAUAAUCGAGAAGCAACUGCACCAGUAAAAACAGCGUUGCUUGCGGAUGCAAAAGCUCCACGUGAAGUACGUCGACGGCAAAUACGCUACGGUACUGACCAUGCUACUCAUCCGUUGCCAUCUGCUAAUGAAAUUUCAAAAGCACGCAAAGAAAUUUUUGAUAAAGGAAGCAAGGAAGCCUUGGCAAAUCUACCCCAAGCAAUCAGAAAUACCAGUUCUUCGUCGGGUUCGCAUUCGGAAAAGAAGAAAGUGGUCCCAAAAAAAGGAGCAUUAAUGAUAAAAACGCUGAGAAUGCUCAAUGUAAAACGUAGAAGAUGA